UUGUUUUCUUGUAUUUUAGGGGACAAGCGGGCUUUGUGUAUUGCCAGGGACAAGGCAACUUUGCUUUAGAAAGGGCCUCUUGUAUGGUUUUAUGAGGCUGUUAUCAAUACCAUUCAAGACAUUGCAUUUAGCUACAAGUCGAUCGCUUAGAGUUGCUCAGUUUUGCAGUGUUUCCAACAUGUCUUCAUCGCUGCAAAUUGAAUUGGUACCAUGUCUCAGAGACAACUACGCGUAUCUUUUACAUGAUGUGGACACAGGCACAGUUGGAGUUGUUGAUCCUUCUGAAGCUGUACCUGUUAUAGAUGCUUUGAGUAGGAAAAACCGGAAUUUGACUUAUAUACUAAAUACACAUCAUCAUCAUGAUCACACUGGUGGGAAUAUGGAGCUAAAAGCAAGGUACGGUGCAAAGGUGAUUGGCUCAGCAAUAGACAGGGAUAGGAUUCCUGGCAUUGAUAUAGUUUUAAAUGAUGGAGACAAGUGGAUGUUUGCAGGUCAUGAGGUGCAUGUGAUUGAAACUCCUGGACAUACCCGAGGUCAUAUUAGCUUUUACUUUCCUGGAUCAGGGGCAAUUUUUACCGGAGACACUUUGUUCAGCUUAUCAUGUGGCAAGCUUUUUGAAGGAACCCCUGAACAGAUGUUUUCUUCCCUUCAAAAGAUCAUGUCUCUGCCAGAUGAUACAAGUAUCUAUUGUGGUCAUGAAUAUACAUUGAGUAAUUCAAAAUUUGCAAUGUCUAUUGAACCCAAUAACGAGGCCCUCCAAUCUUAUGCAACCUAUGUAGCCCAACUUCGCAACAAGGGCUCGCCCACGAUUCCAACCACCCUAAAGAUGGAGAAGUCUUGUAAUCCAUUUCUUCGCACUUCUAGUCUGGAAAUACGGCAGUCAUUAGGUAUUCCGGAUGCGGCAAAUGAUUCGGAAGCCUUAGGUGUCAUCCGUCGCGCAAAGGAUAACUUCUAAGACUUCUCGCUAAGGUUAGGAUCAAGAGCGUUAUUUUUUUUUUACACAAAUUAUGACACAACGCUUCCACUGAGGGAUUUACGCACUCUAAAAUGGAUUAAAUUUUUGAGAUGCGUCUAUUUUCCAAAUUAGUGUCAUAAUUUGUGUAAGAAAUUAAAAAUGUUGCUGAUCUUAUUAUUAUUUGUAAUAUUAUCUCUUUGUAUAGAGAGGUGAGUUUUUGAUACAUAUUUCAAAUAGAACACCAAUGUAACCCCUUUUUUUUUCCUUCUCAAGAAUUUGAAGUUUUUUUUUUUUUUU